AUGGUGAUGUUCAUGAUGAUGAUGAUGACGAUGAUGAUGAUUCGGAUAACGAUUACUGAUGAUGAUGAUUUGGAUGAUGGUUUGGACGUUGCGCAUGAGGAUUCGGAUGAUGAUGCCGUUGAGGAUGAGUCGGAAGAUCAUAAUGAUAGUGAUGAAGAUGAUAAAGAUGAUGACGAUGGAGAUUCCAAUGAGGUUGAUGAUGAGUAUGAUGAUGAUGAUGAUGAUGAUGAUGAUGAUGAUGAGGUCGAUGAUGUUCAUGAUGAUGAUGGUGAUGACCAGGGUGAUGAUGAGGAUGACGGUACGGUUAAUAUAAUUGAUGAUGAGGUCGAUGAUGGUGAUGAUGCUGAUGAUGAUGACGAUUCGGAUGAUGGUUGUGAUGAUGAAAAUGACGAUGAUGAGGAGGAUUAUGAUAAUGAUGGGGACUCGGAUGAUGAAAAUAAGGAUCCCGAUGAUGAUGAUGAUGAUGUUUUAGAUUUUGAUGGUGAUCAAGAUGAUGAUGUUGAUGAUGAUUCGUAUGACGAUGAUGAUGAUUCGGAAGAUGAGCAUAUUGCUGACGACGAUGAUGAUCGGAUGACGAUAAUGAAGAUGAUGAUGAUAAUGAUGAUGACGGUGUUUCGUGCUGAUGAUGAUGAUGCUGUUGAUUGUGAUGAUUGUGAUGAUAAUGAUGACGGUGAUGAUGAUGGUGAUGUUGAUGGCAAUGAUAAGGAUGUGGACAUUGAUGAUGAUUAUGGUCAUGGAAAUGAUGAUGAUGCUCUGAUGAUGAUGUUGAUGAUGACGAUGAAUCGGAUGUUGACGAUACGGAUGAUGAUCAGUCGGAUGAUGUUGAUGAUGGUUCGGAUGAUGACAAUGAUGUUGUUGAUGUUUAUUCGGAUGACGAUGAUUCGGAUGAUGUUGAUGAUCAUGGUGAUGAAGUAUGAUGAUCAGGAUGAUGAUAGAGAUGAUGAUCAUGAUGAAGAUGAAACUCAUGACGACGGUGACGAUGAUGAGGAUGAUGUUGAUGAAGACGAUUAUGGUGACGGUGAUGAUGAGAACGAUGAUUCGGAUAAUGCUGAAGAUGACCCGGAUGACAUGGAUGAUGAUGAUGAGCAUGAUGAUGAAGAUGAUGAUGAUGAUGAUUAUAAUGAUGACGAUCAUGAUGAUGAUGUUGUCGAUGAUGUUGAUGAUGUCCAUGAAUAA